UCCGCGGCCGACGCGGAGCCCAAGCGCUUCACUGCGCAGGCGCCGUUGGCGCAUCGCUCCGCCCCCUGGGCUUUGCUGGCUGGCGGGGCAAAGGCACGUGAGAGGCGGGGGCUCUGUCCUGUAACCCAAACUACUCUCUUUACCCGGAAAUAGCCGCUCUGGCCCGGAAGUGAACAUCAUCCUUCCCCCCCGCGACUCUGUAGCCGGAAGCGGAAGUACAAGGUCUGUCUACUCUUGGCUCAGUACCCGGAAGCGGCCGGCAUCCUGCGGCCGUCAUGGCGGCUGGCGGGAGCCUGAGCCGGACGGAGCGGAAAGCGGCAGCACGAGCCGAGAUUCUGCAGCAGGAGGAGCAGCGGGACCGGCGCAGACAGGUGUCCCGGAUCCUGAAGAAGCCGGUGGGGGAGCGGAACCCUGAGGAGAGCCUGCUCCUGGGCCAGUGUGAGGAUAUCGUGCGGGAGCUGGAGCGGCGGCGCAAGAAGCGCGAAGGGCUGCGCAGGAGGCAGGAGGAGGUUUGUGAUGAACCAGAGGAAUUAAAGAGAAAGGUCAUUGAACUGGCUGCAGCUGUCCGAAAUGCGAAACACCUGGUCAUCUAUACAGGAGCUGGGAUCAGCACGGCAGCUUCAAUCCCUGACUACAGGGGUCCUAAUGGAGUUUGGACGUUACUGCAGAAAGGGAGGAGUAUCAGGGCUACAGAUCUGAGUGAAGCGGAGCCCACACUCACCCAUAUGAGCAUUGCCUGCUUACACAAGCACAACCUGGUACAGCAUGUGGUGUCUCAGAACUGUGAUGGGCUCCACCUACGGAGUGGGUUACCCCAAGCAGCAAUAUCUGAGCUUCAUGGAAACAUGUACAUAGAGGUCUGUACUUCCUGCACACCCAAUAGAGAAUAUGUGCGAGUGUUUGAUGUGACGGAGCGCACAGCCCUGCACAGACAUCAUACGGGCAGGAUGUGCCAUAAGUGUGGGACACAGCUGAGAGACACAAUCGUCCAUUUUGGGGAGAAAGGGACCUUGAGGGAACCUCUGAACUGGGAAGCAGCAACAGAGGCUGCGAGCAAAGCAGAUGUGAUUCUGUGUCUGGGUUCCAGCUUAAAGGUUUUGAAAAAGUAUCCACAUCUUUGGUGCAUGAGCAAACCCCCCAGUCGCCGUCCAAAACUCUACAUUGUGAACCUGCAGUGGACUCCAAAGGAUGAUCUUGCUGCCUUGAAACUACAUGGGAAAUGUGAUGAUGUUAUGAGAUUACUGAUGGAAGAACUUGGUCUGGAGAUCCCAUGCUAUGACAGAACAAAGGAUCCUAUCUUCUCUCUGGCUAUUCCCCUUAGCCCCGAUGAAGAAGGCAGUCACAGUCGGAGACCCGUGGCACCACCAUGGAGCCUGGAGGAGGCGCAGAUGCAAGAGCAGCAGCAAGAGCCAGCUUCUCAGCUCAGCCUCUCUCUCUCGGGUGGCUGGUUUGGCAGGGGUUGUGCAAAAGGCUCCAAGAGGAAAAAAGUAAAUUGACUUUGUAAAUUGCCAUUUGAACACUAUAUUUUUAUGGAAAUACAUCAGCUGGUGCCCUUCCGGAUGGCUUUUCCCUACUGCCCUGGACUCAGCUGGGUUUGCCAUGGACUCCACACAGACUCUGCUGGUCUGAGGUGGGGGCAACUGGAAAAAACUGCAGGAGCCAUACCGUAUUUUCAUGCAACUAUUUACGAUGCGAAGACAGAGCUCGGAGGACAGCUGGGUAUUGGGCAACGGGGCUUGCAGUCUGAACCCUUCCCCUUAACCUCAGCACUUCACUCUGCUCUCUAGCAGCAGGGGCAGGCUGGUGCACCUGCCCUUUCCCCGCCUGGCGGGGUUCUUUUCGCUAAGUAAAGAAAGCCUGGACUCUCCUGCGGGUCUGUG